GUAGCCUCCGACCUCCUGUGGAGCCGGCGCUGGGGGAGGGGGCCCGGGCAGGGCUGCAGCCUGGGAGCUAGCGGGGCAGGGAGAAGGGUGGCGAGGGUCCCGAGAAGAGUGCGAACUCGGCGGGCCUGGGGCCCAAACUAUCGCCAUCAUCCUCCUAAGCCCGAAGUUCACCCCCUUGGCUGAGCUUUACCAUUCGGGAGCUCCCUAUGGCGACUGCGACUACGACCGGGUUUUAUUUUUGAUCAACAAGGUUUCCUUUAAAAUUCAAAUAUCGUCCCAGAAGAUUAUCAUCUGUUCACACUUGAGUGUAAAUUAUCCAAGUCAAGCACUUUCUACCUUCUCAGAAGACGGUCUACACAGGACAGCUGAAGCCUUACCAUGAUUUGCAGGAGCUGUGAGUCCCAUGUAAAGAGAAGUUAACUCUCCGGGUGCUGUCAUCUUCAUCAGAGGGUGAAGAGAGUCUUUCUGCCAGGUUUGACGGCUCGGGAUUCAGAAACCAGGAAACGAGCGGGCGGGUUUACGAAUUUGCGCACUGUGCGCGGCACACUGGAGUCUAAAUUACAGAAGAGCGGAGUGCGGGGAAUGCCGGGAUUUGUAGUCCCUGGGCCUCUGUUGCGUGCUGAGAUCUGCGAUCCCAGGGCGCCCUCCUGGAAUGCUGGGAAGUGUAGUCUAAACAGCUUCGCAUAGUGCAACCCGUGAUCAUUUUAGAGCCCUAUCGGCCCAGCGGCGGGAGGAGGUCCCUCUAGUCUUUGCAGAUGUGAAGCCAGCCCUCCUCUGGGACAACCUCCAGGCAACACCGAAAGAAAAAUUUGUCCUAAGGGACUUCCCGAGGAGGGCCCUUCCCAUUGACGCUCUUCGUCCCCCUGCGAAGCCGCUGAGUGUUUUUAUCGGCUGGUCAGAAUGCCAUUCGCCGAGGCGGGCUUUCCAUUGGCUUUGGGGCGGGCGCUCCGAGGGUAGGGGAAGGAGAAGGGAUCAGGAGCGGGAGCUGAGGGGAGAGAGAGGCCGGUCCGGGUCUGGCCGCUGCCGCUGCUCGCCCGAGGUCUCCAGGCCCGGCUGCGGCUCUGUCCUCGGUUCCUGGGCACCGUCUACGACGCUCCGCGGGGCCAGUUUGGGAGAGCCGCGGGCGGCGGGCGCCGCAUCAUGUCAGCCAAGGACGAGCGGGCCAGGGAGAUCCUGAGGGGCUUCAAACUAAAUUGGAUGAACCUUCGAGAUGCUGAAACAGGGAAGAUACUCUGGCAAGGAACAGAAGACCUGUCUAUCCCUGGAGUGGAACAUGAAGCCCGUGUUCCCAAGAAAAUCCUCAAGUGCAAAGCAGUGUCUCGAGAAUUGAACUUCUCUUCAGCAGAGCAAAUGGAAAAAUUCCGCCUGGAACAAAAAGUUUACUUCAAAGGGCAAUGCCUAGAAGAAUGGUUCUUUGAAUUUGGCUUUGUGAUCCCUAACUCCACAAACACCUGGCAGUCCUUGAUAGAGGCAGCACCUGAGUCCCAGAUGAUGCCAGCAAGCCUCUUAACUGGGAAUGUUAUCAUAGAAACAAAGUUUUUUGACGAUGAUCUUCUUGUAAGCACAUCCAAAGUGAGACUUUUCUACGUCUGAGAGAAGAAUAUGUGUGCAUUUCAAGAAUUUGGGUUUUUUGGGGGAGGAGGAAACUUUACUUUUUUCCUCCACACAUUUGAUUUUUGACACUUCCACCCCUAAUUCCCUCUACGGCAAAAACCACCUGCGGCCUCCAGGGGACCAGCUCCGUGUAGUUACCAGAUGGCUUUUUUCUCCCAAGCAGCCGUCUUCCACUGCCCAGACUAAACUCCCUACCCAAGACCAGGGCAGGGAGAGGUGCCUAGACUUCUUCGCGGUAUAAACACAGGGAACAAAACACUUACUAUGAGCCAAUGCUGUACCUGUCAUCCUUCUGGCCUCCUCUUUGGGCCCUGCAGGCUACACAUCUUCCUUUGGCCCCUGGUUUUGGGAAAAAUUCAUGUUCCUGAUCCAUGUUAGUUUUUUCCCACCAUUUCUAUUUCAUCCAUUCUCAUACAUUUAACUUGUAAAAUAGACUGUGAUAUUAAUAUUACAUAAUGUAAUUUAAAGAUAUGAAUUAAAAUAUUCCUACAGUCUUUAGCAUGGCAAGGCUUCCAUCUCUCCUUUUUCUGGAACAUGAACCUGGAUCCGUGAUGGGAAGAAAGACACUUACCAAACCCUAGGAUCACAACUCUAUGUUAUUCCAGAGAUCGGCUGAUAGGACUUGUGGUUCCUGGGUCCCUCAGCUGCUGCUUUCCAAGAAUGUACAACAUACCUGAACAAGACCCUUGACCUUAACAUUUGUCACUUAGACAUGAUUUCUCUUCCACAACAUAUAUGCAUCCUUUGUUUGUUGUUGUUUGUACAUUUGAACAUUUUUUUAUAAUGCUCAUUUAUUCAAGAGAUUUCCAGGAAGGGUAGAAGUCCUAAGUUGGUAGAGUAGGGACUCUGCUAUUCCUAAGUGGGAGAAUAGAAAUUACAAAAUGAAAAAAAAAAAAAAAAGAUUUCUAUCUACUUAACUGGAGAACAAUGGGAAAGCAUCUGG